AUGGCCCCGGACGAAGACUGGGAAAUGGACUUGGGAAACGCACCCGGGGUCCGCCCGCCGUCGCCAGCACUGGGGGAAGAUGCGGCCCUACCCAUCUUCCCCGGCGACCGGGCAGGUGACAACGCGCCAUUGACGACAACGAGCAAGCAAGCGCUCCACCUCAUCCACCCCGCGGAUGACAACGCUCCACUGGCGUCCACGAGCCAGCAAGCGCUCCACCUCCAAACGCACAACGACACACCAUUGGCAUCUACCAGCCAGCAAACGCGCCACAACACCAACCAGGACGAUGACAACGCCCCGCUAGCAUCCCCAAGCCGAGGCCCAAUUCCCAUCGCUAACGAAACCACCGAGCAGGGCUACCAGCCCACCGGGAAGGCGAUGGAGUGGGAAUCUGAGAGCAGCGAUAGUGAAACGGAGACGGGACAAAAAUUCCGCCGCAAGGAGGCGCAACCACGGCCACCGCCGAACAUUGCUAUGCCAGACCAGCGAUCCUCGGCCCACCGCCGCGGGAUAGCCACCGCAAGGAACGCGCCGCCCAACGCUGCCGAGAUCAACCGCCGGGCAGCAAACCAUAGCCGCUCCACUACCCACGAGGAGGUCACUCCCCCAGCCACCCCACGUGUCGGCUUCGGAGAUCGUGGGUUCGAUCUCUCUCCGGGCACGAUGGAUAUACUCAUGGAGGAGCUCGUGCCGGGAGUAGAGGGUCUGCUACAGGAGUUAAUCCCAGAUUGGGACCCGAGCGCACCUUCGACAGCACCAGUCCCUGCGGCCACCACCGUCGAUGAGGUCCCACCUCCGGCACCGCGCUUCCCGCGCCCAGUCCCUGCGGCUACCACCGCCGAUGAGGUCCCACCUCCGGCACCGCGCUUCCCGCGCCCAGUUCCUGCGGCCACCACCGCCGACGAGGUUCCACCUCCGGCGCCACGCUUUGCUCGUCGAGCCCCUCCGGCGGAUGAUUUCACCACCGACGACCCAGCGCCCGAGCGAGUCGCCAUACCAGCCGCCUGGUGGACUAACACGCACGACCAGCGAGUUCCACUGGCGGUUUGGCAGGAGAUAGCGCGCCGGAGCCAUGCCGCACAGUACUCCCGUCAGCGCUUCCGCGUUCGCACGCAGGAAGGCCCAUAUCAGGUCACCAUGAAAACGACAGGAGAGGUCCAGAUCCGUUUCGGCCGGGCGGGGUAA